CACUAAAAAGGUGAAAACAGAAAAACAGUGCAGUGGUAGUAGGUAAUGUAAUCAAUAUUUAAUUGAUUAAUUUGGUCGGGGAACGAGACUUUAUUUAUUGUUUCCCCUUCCACCAUCAUCCACCGAUUUGAACUGAUCCCAUCAAUAAUACACAAAAAUGGCUCUACCUCUAGUACUGCCGGAAUAUUCUCUCCCCUUCCUCUUCUUACUCACCGUAGCCACGGCCAUCCUCGUAUCAGGAUUCUCCAGACGACGCCGCUCCGCCGACAAAUUACCAUUACCACCAGGGCCACGGAAGCUGCCGGUGAUUGGAAACCUCCACCAGCUCAUCUGCAACCAGCCCCACCACCGGCUGCGGGAUCUGGCCCAAAAGCACGGCCCGCACGUGAUGGGCCUCCAGCUGGGCCAGCUCUCCUACAUCGUGGCCUCAAGCCCAGAAGCCGCCAGGGAAGUGCUGCAAGCCCACGACCUGACCUUCGCCUCCAGGCAGUACCUCCUCGCCUCGGAGAUCGUCUUCUACGGCGCCAAAAACGUCGCCCUGGCGCCGUACGGCGCCUACUGGCGUCAGAUCCGGAAGAUCUGCGUGGUGGAGCUGCUGAGCGCGAGGAGGGUUUCGUCUUUCCGACACAUCAGGGAAUCCGAGGUCUCCAAGCUCAACGCCGCCGUCUCCUCCGCCGCCUUAGGCGGGGGGAGAAGCGCCGUUGACCUAGGGAAGCUCGUGAUGGCGGCGUCGAGCGGUUUCACUUUCAGGGCGGCGUUCGGGAUGGCGGCGAAGAAGGAAUUGGUGUUCUCCGGGCUGAUUGCUGAGAUGUCCAAGUCCGUGGGGACGUUCAGAGUGUCGGAUCUGUUCCCGUCGGUCGGAUUUCUUCCGGCGUUGACCGGGUUUAGAUCUCACCUAACGAAGUUGCAUCUGGGGGUUGAUGGCUUGCUGCAGGAGAUCAUUGAUGAACACAGAGCCCGGCGAAGCGGUAGAGGAAGGAGCGAUGCUGCUGAUGUUGAUGAAUCGGAGGAUUUGGUGGAUAUUCUUCUUAAUCAGCAGGAGGAUGGAAGUCAUGACUUGGGGAUCCCGUUGACCAACGAUACCAUCAAAGCUAUCAUUAUGGACAUGUUCUCCGGCGGCAUUGAAACUACAUCAAUUACAGUAGAGUGGACCAUGUCCGAACUGAUGAGGAAUCCAAGUGUGAUGGAGAGAUUACAAGAAGAAGUGAGAAAAAUGUUUGGUGGUGAAGGAAACGUUAACGAAGAAGGUCUUUCGAAUCUUACUUACUUGGAUUUAGUUAUUCAAGAGAGUUUAAGACUACACCCAGCACUUCCCUUACUUCUUCCUAGGGAAGCCAGAGAAAGGACAGAGAUCCAUGGCUAUGAGAUUCCUUCUCAGACUAAAGUAAUUAUCAAUGCUUGGGCCAUUGGAAGAGAUCCUCGAUAUUGGACAGAACCUGAUAAAUUUCUUCCAGAAAGGUACUUUGUUCGUCCAACUAACUUUAAGGGGAAAGAUUUCGAAUUUAUCCCUUUUGGUUCUGGAAGGAGAAUGUGUCCUGGAAUGUCGUUUGGAUUGGUUAUGGUGAAACUUGUAUUAGCAAAUUUACUCUAUCAUUUCGACUGGUACCUCCCUACUGGAACAACCCCUGAAAAUCUAGACAUGACCGAAUGUUUUGCUGCGACAGUUAGAAGAAAACAUAGCUUGUGCUUGAUUCCAGUACGGAGCACAUGAUACCCUGACAAAAGUGAAGAACAUAAGGUCCUGAAAUAUAGAGAGUCAUGCUCGUCGUACUAAAUUUGUUCUUCAAUGCCUAGUUUUCUGGUUUUUGUUGUUAUCUAUUUUUGUUUGUGUAUGAUUUCAAUAUCAUUGAAUUUUCUUCAUUUGUGUUUUUUCCUGUAAGACAAGUUUUCUAUUUGACUUGGUAUGAAAAUAAAUAAAUGAGUAAUGUUAUGGUUGCUUUAAAUCGCGUCAAUGGACGUAGUGGCCCAUUUUAGAACCAACCAUACUCCUGUCCAGGUGAAUUUGAUUCGAUAAUCUUUAUGUGCUGAUAACAAUUCUUCAUAAUGUUAUUUUGAUCGAGAACAAAUGACAAAAUAUGUGAUAUUUGCAAUACUCAAAUUUGAUAUUUUAUCUCGAGAAUCCUAUCAUAGAACAAAUCAAUUCAUAUCGUGCAUUGACGAAUUGAUUAUUGCCAGUAGUGUAGUCGGUAUUCUUUUAAACUGCGUCCAAAAAUUUGAGAAAAUGUAUAAUAAAAUAAUUUGUAAUCUCCAUUUUUAUAACUCAUAGAGAAAUUUGUACAAAAUAUAAUUAUCAUUUAAACAAUACAUUGAGGACACCAAAUAACUUACAAUGUUAUUUGAACCACAUUUGCAUGGUUCUAUCAAACAAGAUACUUUAAUCCAAAUACCACUAAAAUACCACAUGAACAAUUAAUGAGUUAUUUGACUCUAUAAAUACCACAUUGACAAUUAAUCCAUUCAAACGACCGACGUAUCCUACAAAAUAAUCAUAAUGAUUACUAUAAAUUAUAUAAAAAGGCGAGAAAAGGGCAUUGUGAUUAAACUCGCUUUUAUAAAAGGUGAAAUACAAUUAGUGGCGGACCCAGAAAAUCUUUCAAGGGUGUUCAAGAGUAUAACAAAAUUUUAGUUCAUAUUUUAGAUAAUAUCAUCAUUUUAAACAAGUCAUACCUGGUUUUAUAUUUUUGAAUUGUAAAAAUAUAUUAAUUAUUUAUGUUGUGACUUGCAACUCUUUCAAUAAAUGCUACCAAGAAAUCAACUAUAAAUUGAUAUUUGAUUUGGUAAGAAUUGGAGUUGGGUUCUUAAAAGGGUUUUUUCCAAAGAGGAACAUAAGAAUUAAUGAAUUGUUUGGAAAAAUUAAUAGAUUUGAAAAUAAAUUCAAGUUCUUAAAAUAGUACUGCUAACAAACACAUUAGUUUUCUGUAACUGUGGAUAUCCAUCCGAAUCCGAGGAACUUUUAAUGGGUACGGGUAAAACCCGAACCCGAAUAUUGCGGGUAAAGGGUGAGCAUGGUUUUCUCACUAUCCAACCCGAACCCGCUCGAUUAUACACAUGCAUAUGUAUUUUGUCUAGAAAUAAUGAUUAUUUUUCUCUAACAUAAAUAUAAUAUUUUCAUGAAA